UUGGAGAAGCCGGCAGUCAUGGCGGCGGGCAGGCUACGUGGCCUGGCAGUGGCUGGUGGAGGCGAGAGUAGCGAGAGUGACGACGAUGGCUGGGAGAUUGGGUAUCUCGAUCGGGCAUCGCAGAAGUUAAAAGGACUGUUACCCACUGAAGAAAAGAAUGACACAUUUAAGAAAGCGUUGACCACAGGAGAUAUUUCAUUGGUCCAAGAGCUCCUAAAUUCUGGCAUUAGUGUAGAUUCAAGCUUUCGGUAUGGAUGGACUCCCCUUAUGUAUGCUGCUAGCGUUUCCAAUGUAGAGCUGGUUCGGGUCCUUUUGGACAGAGGUGCUAAUGCAAACUUUGAUAAGGAUAAGCAGACUAUUUUGAUAACCACAUGUUCAGCUCGUGGCUCAGAGGAACAGAUCGUGAAGUGUGUAGAACUACUACUUUCAAGAAAUGCUGAUCCAAAUGUUGCUUGUAGGAGACUUAUGACUCCAAUCAUGUAUGCUGCACGAGAUGGUCACCCACAGGUUGUUGCUCUCCUUGUUGCUCAUGGAGCAGAAGUUAAUACCCAGGAUGAGAAUGGUUACACUGCUUUAACAUGGGCAGCACGUCAGGGUCAUAAAAAUGUAGUUUUGAAGUUGCUUGAACUUGGAGCUGAUAAAAUGCUACAGACAAAAGAUGGAAAUAUACCAAGUGAGAUUGCAAAAAGAAAUAAACAUCUAGAGAUCUUCAGCUUGCUUUCUUUGAGUUUAAAUCCAUUGAAAGGAAAGCUUCAACAGCAAACUAAAGAAGAGACUAUUUGCAAACUACUGGCAACAGAUUCUGAUAAAGAAAAAGAUCACAUAUUUAGUUCAUAUACAGCAUUUGGAGAUCUGGAAGUAUUUUUACAUGGUCUUGGACUUGAACAUAUGACAGACUUAUUAAAGGAAAGGGAUAUAACUUUAAGACAUCUUUUGACCAUGAGAAAAGAUGAGUUUACAAAGAAUGGAAUUACCGAUAGAGACCAGCAGAAAAUUCUGGCUGCUCUUAAAGAACUAGAUGUAGAAGAGAUAAAAUUUGGAGAAUUACCUGAAGUGGCAAAGUUGGAAAUCAGUGGUGAUGAGUUCCUCAACUUUCUUCUGAAACUGAACAAACAAUGUGGCCAUUUAAUAACAGCAGUACAGAAUAUCAUUACUGAGCUGCCUGUAAAUUCUCACAAGAUAGUACUUGAAUGGGCUUCUCCCCAGAGUUUUACUUCAGUUUGUGAGGAACUGGUUAGUAGUGUUGAAGAUUUGAGUGAAGAGGUCUGCAAACUAAAAGACUUAAUUCAGAAGUUGCAAAAUGAAAGAGAAAAUGAUCCAACUCAUAUGCCAUUAAUAGAAGAAGUAUCUACAUGGAAUAGUAGAAUUUUGAAGAGGACAGCUAUUACAGUAUGCGGAUUUGGAUUUCUUCUUUUCAUUUGCAAGCUAACUUUCCAGAGAAAAUAAUCCUAAUAUUUGUUUUGAGUAAUGUGUGUGUAUUUUAUUCAAAUUACCUUAAAAAUGUUACUUUUAACCAUUUGUGGCCCAGUAUAACUACAUUCUUUGCCAAUACUCCACGGGAAAAACUAUGAUAGCACAGAGAAGGAAGUUUUUCUUUAGAAAGUGGUUUGUCAGUUUGAGUUAAAAUGUAAUUUGUUAUAUUUUAUGUUAAUUUUGUAAUUAAAUUUAUUGGGGUGACAUUGGUUUCCAGGGUCAUGUAGGUUCCAAGUGUACAUUUCAUGAUGCAUGAUAUGUAUAUUGUGUUGUUAUUUUAUGUUAAUUUUGAUCAAGCAGUAAGUUAUAAGUGAUUCUUAAGUUUGAUCCUAUGACUCUAAACACAUUCAAAA